CAGGUUAUCCGCAAUCCACUGUUGUCCACAAUUCUCCCAUUUAAUUAAUCCUUUUUUCCUGUGGUUUCUUUUGUCUCUUUUUCACAUUCUCGUUUUUUUUAUACGUAGGAGAAAGAGAGAAAGAAGAGAGGGGGAACAAGAGAAGCUUUGGCAAAGGAAGAGUCAAACUUUCCUCCCUCUCUUUCUCUCUCUCAUUCCGGCAAGGGUUUCGGUCAUCGCAAGCCAUGGCCAGUUUUGCAGGAACCACACAGAAAUGCACGGCAUGUGAAAAAACAGUUUACCUCGUUGAUAAGCUAACCGCAGAUGGCCGUACUUAUCAUAUGGCCUGCUUCCGAUGCCACCAUUGCCGGAAUACCCUCAAGCUAAGCAACUACUGUUCUUUUGAGGGUGUGCUGUAUUGCAGACCACACUAUGAUCAACUCUACAAGAGAACCGGCAGCCUUGACAAAAGUUUCGACGGAACACCCAAAAUUCAGAAAGCAGAAAAACAGACAAGUGAGAAUGAGAAUGCAAAGACACUAGCAAACGUGUUCGUGGGCACCACAGACAAAUGCAUGUGUUGCAAAAAGACUGUGUAUCCUACUGAAAGGGUUACUGUUAAUGGGACUCCCUAUCACAAGGGCUGCUUCAAAUGUACCUAUGGAGGUUGUACCAUUAGCUCAGCAAACUUUGUUACACAUGAGACAAAGCUCUACUGCAAACAUCAUCACAUUCAACUUUUCAAAGAGAAAGGAAAUUACAGUCAGCUCGAGAAUGACAUUGCUGUUUAAUCUCUAUUGUAAAAAUAAUGUUAGUAGUUUUGAAUGAUGGGUGCUCCAAUUUCUCUUAAAUGUUAUUUUUGUCUUGUAUAAGUUAAAAAGAAAUGUGUUAAUGAGACAAAUACUAAAAGGUGGUUGACAUUUGGUGAAAUUUGCUAUGUAUGCAUCUUAAGAAUGCUUUCAGCAUUUUUAUUAAAUUUAGUAGGAUUACCAGAUGGAACAGAUCUA